UUCGCCAUUUAGACGCGGCGGGAGGAAAUACGGACCGAUCUGAAAAUUUAAAACGAAAAUCUUUAGUCCCAUUAGUUUAAAAAAAUUGUUUUAUUUGUACACUUACCACUUGAUUCCCGAUUAUUCCAGCCCAAACAUUAAUGGACCAGCGAUAUUGGAACGCGCACUCACGAACGACGCGAGGAUUUUCUUCACUCCAGUAUAAAUAGUUUCUAGAGUUGAAUAUACCGUUUGGGGUGAACGUUGAUUCAUCGGUCCAUAAAAUAAUGUCCGGGAAAAGUAAAUUACCUCGACAUUGCGCGAGGAAUCCUGCAUGUAAUUCACCGACAAUUAAAUUACUGUACAUUUAUCAAAGUGCCGUAAAUAUUAAAUAAUAGCAGACCUUCACAAAAAUUGAUCCGUUGUUGAAAGUCUCUCGGCAAAAGUUGUUGCACACGCUGGUAAUGGAACGGAUGCAAUCUAUUCUUUCGCAAAGUCUGAUGCACCGCGAACCUGGAAAGUCCCAGUUCGUGAGCCGCACGACGCACGCUGGUUCCGGGGUUUUCAUAAAACAUGUCCAGUACUCUCCCUUCGUCUGGAACACCACGACGCACUGGUACAUCUUUCGUCUUAUGCACGAGACACCCUGUUUCACGCAAUCGUUGCACAACGCGAAAAAUCGUAUCCUUAGUCGGAUGUGCACGCUCGGGAAAUCGUUCCGCAUAGAUUCGAAUAGCGCGGGGAAACUUUCAGAAAAACAGCUGAAAGCUUCCCCGCGAUAUUUUCUUGUUUCCGAAUGUCAAUUGUUUCUUCCUGAGCUCGUGAACACGAUCGUCAAGAGCUUAGUCGCGUACGAAUCUCGACUCGUAUUGUGCUGGACAGCGACAAUGCGAUUUACUACAGAAGAGUAUACCGACAUGAUAGUGGCCUACGGGCUAGCGGGCGAAAGUAAGCUUGCCGCGGCUCGAAUGGUGUUCCAGACGAAGAGAGAGUACUGGACAUGUUUUAUGAAAACCCCGGAACCAGCGUGCGUCGUGCGGCUCACGAACUGGGACUUUCCAGGUUCGCGGUGCAUCAGACUUUGCGAAAGAAUAGAUUGCAUCCGUUCCAUUACCAGCGUGUGCAACAACUUUUGCCGAGAGACUUUCAACAACGGAUCAAUUUUUGUGAAGGUCUGCUAUUAUUUAAUAUUUACGCACUUUGAUAAAUGUACAGUAAUUUAAUUGUCGGUGAAUUUCAUGCAGGACUCCUCGCGCAAUGUCGAGGUAAUUUACUUUUCCCGGACAUUAUUUUAUGGACCGAUGAAUCAACGUUCACCCCAAACGGUAUAUUCAACUCUAGAAAUUAUUUAUACUGGAGUGAAGAAAAUCCUCGCGUCGUUCGUGAGUGCGCGUUUCAAUAUCGCUGGUCCAUUAAUGUUUGGGCUGGAAUAAUCGGGAAUCAAGUGGUAAGUGUACAAAUAAAACAAUUUUUUUAAACUAAUGGGACUAAAGAUUUUCGUUUUAAAUUUUCAGAUCGGUCCGUAUUUCCUCCCGCCGCGUCUAAAUGGCGAAAUUUACGCGA